GGAGUACUCGUGUGCAUCUAGCAUUUCCUUCCUCCCCCUCCCCAUGCUCUGUCUGUUAACAGCUGAUGAAGUGAUCCUGCAGCAAACUUUCUAAGAAACGUGAACUAUUUUGACGUAAACGCAAGGACAAAAUCAGUUGACAUGACUAAAGAGGAUGCCCAAGGGUCCACGGCCGAGGAGACCCAGUCUAAGAAGGGCCUGAAGAAACAACAGAAGGAAGCGGAGAAAGCGGCGAAGAAGGCUGAGAAGCAGGCCAAGCUGGCCGCUGACCAGCAGGGCACAGAGGAAGAUGACUUUUCCAAGGACCAGUACGGUAUUGCUGCUAUGGUGCAGUCUCAGCAGAAACUGGACAGGGAGCUGGUCCGCGUCCAGGACUUGACGCCUGAGAUGGCAGACAAGGUGAUAUGGCUCCGGGCCAGAGUCCACACCAGCCGAGCAAAAGGGAAGCAGUGCUUCUUGGUCCUGCGUCAACAGCAGUUCAACGUGCAGGCCCUGGUCGCCGUGGGAGACCGUGCCAGCAAGCAGAUGGUCAAGUUCGCCGCAAACAUCAACAAGGAGAGCAUCGUGGACGUGGAGGCCACUCUGAGGAAGGUGGAGCAGAAGAUCGAGAGCUGCACCCAGCAGGAGGUGGAGCUGCACGUGGAGAAGAUCUUCGUCAUCAGCCAGGCGGAGGCGAGGCUGCCCCUGCAGUUGGAGGACGCGUCCCGCCCCGAGGGCGAGGGAGACGAGGAUGGCAGAGCCACGGUGAACCAGGACACCCGUCUGGACAACAGGGUCAUCGACCUCAGGACCACAACCAGCCAAGCCAUCUUCCGUCUGCAGGCGGGGGUCUGCAUGCUCUUCCGGGAAACGCUCACCAAGAAGGAUUUCGUGGAGAUUCAGACCCCUAAAAUCAUCUCAGCGGCCAGCGAGGGUGGCGCCAACGUGUUCACGGUGUCCUACUUCAAGACCAGCGCCUAUCUGGCCCAGUCCCCCCAGCUCUACAAGCAGAUGUGCAUCUGCGCUGACUUCGACAAGGUGUUCUGCGUGGGCCCAGUCUUCAGGGCGGAGGACUCCAACACCCACCGUCAUCUGACGGAGUUUGUGGGGCUGGAUAUCGAGAUGGCCUUCAACUACCACUACCACGAGGUCAUCGACUCCAUCACCGACACCAUGGUGCAGAUCUUCAAGGGCCUGCGAGACCGAUUCCAGACGGAGAUCCAGACGGUCAGCAAGCAGUACCCCAGCGAGCCCUUCAAGUUCCUGGAGCCCACCCUGCGGCUGGAGUACACGGAGGGCGUGGCCAUGCUGCGGCAGGCCGGCGUGGAGAUGGGCGACGAGGACGAUCUCAGCACCCCCAAUGAGAAGCUCCUGGGCCGCUUGGUGAAGGAGAAGUACGACACUGACUUCUAUGUGCUGGACAAGUACCCGCUCUCUGUGAGACCGUUCUACACUAUGCCUGAUCCUAGCAACCCGAAAUACUCCAACUCCUACGACAUGUUCAUGCGGGGGGAGGAGAUCCUGUCUGGAGCGCAGAGGGUCCACGAUCCCCAGCUGCUGACGGAGCGCGCCAUCCAUCACGAGAUCGAUCUGGAGAAGAUCAAGGCCUACAUCGACUCCUUCCGCUUCGGAGCUCCUCCCCAUGGCGGUGGUGGAAUCGGCCUGGAGAGAGUGUGCAUGUUGUACCUGGGCCUCCACAACAUCCGCCAGACCUCCAUGUUCCCCCGGGACCCCAAGCGCCUGACCCCUUGAGGGGGGGACACGGCCCUCAACAACCCCCCCCCCCCACUCCAGGCCCCGCUGGAGCACCUCACAUGGACAGGGGGCCUACCAUCCACAGAGGGGGGAAAACUAGACAGAGCCGCUAGGGAACCAGGGCCACUCACACUCAGAAGUGCCGCUAUGACUUCAUCAUCAGAAUCAAUAACCUAGGGACACCGAAAUAAAGAUCGCCUGUUUUGAUUGGAACAGCCAGGUUCUUAUUUGACACCCCAAUUAACACAUUCACACAAAGGGAAUUUAAAUCCACGUUUCCUUUUGGGGGGAUUUAACUUUGAGUGCAGUCACAUGAAUAAUUCUCGUCUCUUUUAGAGUAAUUAAUAAUUUCAUCGAUUCAUAAUAAUAGUGUUGUUUGUCUGGGGAACUUUGUUUCUAAAAGUGGGAGUCUUAAUGAUUACAUCACAUCACAGUACGCCUCAGCAGUCAGCAACACCUUUACAGCUGUACGGACUUAUGAUUGUGGUCCCGAGAUGUGUUUUUCUGAUGAUUACUGCUAAUGUUUUAUAAACUACUUAUAAAAUGUGAAUCAUGAA